GCAUUAUGGUAGCCACCCGUCUGGAGAGGCUACUCAUUUUCCACACUCGGUACUCGCCCCAUUUGCAUCGAAAAAAUCGCCUAAUACUUAGGAAGUAUACCAUCUGGUCGUACGAAUUGGAUAAUUUCAUGUUCUGUGGUAUCGCAGCUUGGUGCUCCUACUGUGAAUUAACGGGAAAAGGGAUCAAUUUUGCCAUAAUUCUCGACUGAAACUGGGAGAGGUGUGGACUAUCGGGACGUUUCGGCUGCAUUCGGAAAACCUGGCUAGACUUCGGCCUUGCAGAUAUUAUUAGCCAGACUGGUGCAAAUAUACAUGGCAUGUAUGCACAUACAAACGUGGGUAUAGCAGAAUGCACCCCUUGUAGCGAGCUUUCUACAUAGCUAGCUAUCCGUGCAUGUAUAGUGUGUGCGCAUGCAGCAAUGUGUGCAUGCAGUAGUAUCAUCGGUCCAGAAAUCAUGGCAGGCGCUUAGGUGAAGCCACAUGAGAGGUUGUAACGAGCGGAGGUUUCGCCGUUUUAACCCGGGGAAGGUGCCUAGCCCGGCGAUUUCUGCAUACAUUUGUUACAUGAGUAUGGACCGCCAAACCGAGUCUUUUGUAUGCCUAGGUUUGAUAGUUAUCCUGCUACAAAAUACUGGUAGAUCACAAGCUGAGUGCUCCAAGAGAUUCACCGACCUGUCUGGCCAAAUCAUUGACACACUUCACAAAGACAACCGAGGCAACAACAACCGAGGUACCUCCCACACGUCCACCUGUCGCUACCGGGUCUGCGCCCCUCCGGACCACUACAUAGUGCUGAACAUAACCCGGCUGGAAGGGACACCCCUUCCCGCCGCCGGCCGCUCCUGCCUACCAAGGGCGGUGAUAAAGAGCGGCGGCCCCCUGGGUAAGGCCGCUACCCCGCUGGCCACGCUCUGCCAAGGGGAGCAGCCCCUUCCUCUGGUGGUGCAGUCACAGGGUAACGAGCUCCGCAUCGUCUUCAGGAGCCAGGGCUGGCAGACGAGCACUUUCCAGGCUUCCUUCACCUUCCAUAAGAGAACAGGUCCAUCUUCUUGUAUAGCAUGCCCUUUGGUGCAAAAGCUCAGCGAGUCAAUGAAUGCUUCUUUCACGUUGCAACCUCAGAACGAGUCACAGAACAGUCAUUUGGAGGUGCCAGAUGGUGAGUUUUUAAAUCCCUUUAAAUCCUUUAAAAUUUGAUCACAUGCUGUACUUCAAAUUGGCACCAACAUUUUUCGUUAAGUGCUACAUUAUUUGGAUAAAAUGUAAUGUCUUUGAAAGCAACUCACAUGAGUACGAACUUUGUUGAAAGGUUCAAAUCUUGGAAAAUUUGGAUUAAAAAACAAUGAUUUUGAACCUGUCAACGUGUCGCUAAUUGAAGGAUUUUAAAGCUUAUUUUCAUUUGAAAAAUGUCUGAUUCCUGAAUUAGCUGCUUUGAAUUUUCACAUAGUAAACAUCUGAAGACGCAAUUUGGGAACGUUCGGUGACUCUUGUCUAUGAAACCUACUUCUCCAUCUAGCUGUUUUGAUGAAAUUGCAGCAUUUUCUAUUUAUACACAUUAAUCUUCCAAGCUAAAUUUGAGGAUUAGGCAUUUCUCAAGUGGAAAUACGAUCCAUAAUAAUCAUGUUCGAAGCAGCAUUACGGCGAUACUGGGUAUCUUCUACGUGGGUAGAUUCUUGAAUUGCCGCCGGGGAUAUGGAUCUACCGGUAAUCAUUUCACAACAACAGAUUUUCCUCUGAUACUGUUUGUUUCCCUGCGUCACGUCUGUCUGUCUGUCUUCACGCGAUGCAUCCGAGUAACGAGACAUACGUUUGUCUCGUGGAAGUCUGAGAUUUUUAUCGAUGGGUAUGGAUUACAAAACAAACGGUCACGGGAGGAUUGCUUUACCACCCGCCAUAUUGCAUUCAAGAUCGGGAAUCAAUCAGGAUUAGAUUACAUGGAUAAUGUGAAAUUAGCAUGAAUGUAAAAUGUCAUAUGGUGGUGGUGGUUAUUUUACCUGACUGCUAAGAAAGC